GUGAACAUAUUUUUCAUAAAGUGUUAACAUCGUUUAAAAUGUGUGCUUUUAUAAGGAAAAAUCUCAUCUUUGGAAGAGAAAAUAACAAUAAUCGAAAUUACCUUGAAAAAUUUGAAACUGGAAAAAAUCUGCUGAAGAACCUAAUUUUGGAGGCGCAGGGAUGAGGAGUUGGACAUCGGACGAACAGCUGGCUUGAAGACAAAGUUUCAUAUACAUAACGGAUGGAUCUGUGACGUUUGAAGAAUGGCGGCCGUUCACUGGGACAAAUUGUCCCCUGCAGAGUUCCAGCAGCUGCAGGACCUUGCGUCAUAUUCCAGUAAGAGCGUUCAGUCUGUCCUGGAUGAAUUCCACGGCUCUGGCCCACUCUCCAAAUAUUCAGCAGAUGGGGAAAUCGAUUACGAAGGGUUCAAACUGUUCUUGGAUACCUACCUGGAAGUGACCACCCCCGACGACUUGUCAAAGCACCUCUUCCUUUCCUUCAUCAAGCGACCAGCCUCCUCCAUCCCGGCUAGCUUCACGGCAGCUUCAACGCCGCACGGCACUCUGCCCAACAGCAAAAAGACUGGAGUUCUUGGUCAGACCACCUCUGUCCCCAACGUCUACGGUGCCAGCUCGGUGAGCGAGAGCCUGGUCCUCAAGCCCACUCACUACAUCGCCGAGAAACUGCAAGGCCUCACCGGGCGGCUCCACCUCGGCCACCACGACGACUCCACCCCCAGGACCAGAGCGGGUAGUAUAGGAGCUUCGGUCCACCCAAUGCUUACUGUCACCCACACAUCGUAUUCGUGCCAUGAAGUCAUCGAUAAGAAAAGUACGGAUUCUUCCCCAAGCCAUUCUCAAGUUAGCAGGAAUUCGUCCAGAAAAUCGAAUAAUUCCCUCCUUGUAAACAACGGAAAGUCUGAUGAUUUGCCUCGCAAACAUAGCAUGACUGACCUCAGCACCCUUCGAGUUCCUCUGAAGGACAUAGUCUGCUACCUGUCCCUCAUCGAAGCCGGCAGGCCAGAAGAUAAACUCGAAUUCAUGUUCAGGCUGUAUGACACCGAUGGUAAUGGAGUACUUGAUACAAACGAGACAGAUUGCAUUGUUAAUCAAAUGAUGAGCGUUGCCGAGUAUCUCGGUUGGGAUGUAUCCGAACUCAAACCAAUACUGCAAGACAUGAUGGUGGAGAUAGACUACGACGCGGACGGUACCGUGUCAUUGUCCGAGUGGAAAAGAGGAGGGAUGACAACCAUACCACUUCUCGUUCUUCUUGGCUUGGACACCAACGUGAAAGAAGACGGAAAUCACCUUUGGAGACUGAAGCACUUCAGUAAACCUGCUUACUGCAACCUCUGCCUCAACAUGCUAGUUGGUCUGGGGAAAAAAGGCCUUUGUUGUAUUUUUUGUAAAUACACGGUUCACGAGAGGUGUGUCCAGCGUGCACCUGCUUCUUGCAUUGCAACUUAUGUAAAAUCGAAGAAAACGUCUCAGGUAAUGGCACACCAUUGGGUUGAAGGUAAUAGGCAUGGGAAGUGUCAUAAGUGUAAAAAGACAAUAAAGGCUUACAAUGGAAUAACAGGGCUUCACUGUCGCUGGUGCCAAAUAACUCUCCAUAACAGAUGCGCAUCUCAAGUUAAACCUGAAUGCAACCUUGGUGAGAACCGAAUCCAUAUCUUGCCACCUACAGCAAUAUGUCCAGUGGUGUUAGAUAGGCAGAGGUCGAUCACAAGAGAUAGGCAGAGAUCUGAAUCACACACACCAGAUUCCACACCAUUUGGAGGAAGUUCUGGCCAAGCAGCAGUCUCUUUUCAAAUAAUUCCUUCAGAGGGAGCAAAGCCCUUGGUGGUCUUCAUCAAUCCAAAAUCAGGAGGGCGGCAAGGAGCCAGAAUGCUUCGCAAGUUCCAAUACCUUCUCAACCCUAGGCAAGUUUAUAACUUGGCUAAAGGUGGACCUCUGCAUGGGCUCACCCUUUUCAAAGACGUCCCCAACUUCAGAGUUAUCUGCUGUGGGGGUGAUGGAACAGUCGGAUGGGUUUUGGAAACAAUGGAUCAGGUGCAGUUUGAAGUUCAACCAUGUGUGGGUGUCAUACCACUUGGUACUGGUAAUGAUUUAGCCAGAUGUUUAAGAUGGGGUGGUGGAUAUGAAGGAGAAGCUGUAACUAAACUUCUGAAGAAAAUUGAAAAGUCAACUCCUGUGAUGAUGGACAGAUGGCAGGUGGAAGUCUUGAAUCAAGCAGAAGGAAGCCCGAGUGGUGAUCCAAUCCCGUACAACAUAAUCAACAAUUAUUUUUCCAUUGGAGUGGAUGCAGCCAUUUGUGUAAAAUUUCACUUAGAGAGAGAGAAAAAUCCGGAAAAGUUCAAUAGCCGAAUGAAAAAUAAAUUAUGGUACUUCGAAUAUGCUACCUCAGAACAGUUUGCUGCUUCAUGCAAGAACCUUCAUGAAAAAAUAGAGAUUUCUUGUGAUGGUGUAAGUUUGGAUCUUGCAAAUGGUGGAGCACUCCAAGGAAUUGCACUUCUAAAUAUACCAUAUACACACGGUGGUUCCAAUCUUUGGGGAGAUAAUAACCACCGAAAAAAGUCUCUUAGGAGAAGAAGAGGGAAAAGAAGGGAGAAAGAGAUAUCAACUUCUUCUUUCAACUCAGUAGAUCUUAGUGCAGCAAUACAGGAUAUAGGAGAUAAACUCAUAGAAGUAAUUGGUCUUGAAAAUUGCCUUCAUAUGGGACAAGUUAGAACUGGUCUGAGAGCAUCCGGACGCCGCCUCGCUCAAUGUUCCUCUGUAGUAAUAACAACAAAUAAAACCUUUCCAAUGCAAAUAGAUGGAGAGCCUUGGAUGCAACCUCCCUGUACUAUAAGAAUAACACACAAGAAUCAAGUUCCGAUGCUAAUGGCCCCUCCACCUGAAAAAGGAAAAGGACUUUUUAGCUUUCUCAGAAAGUAACAUCGUCUAGUGUUAAAAAAAGAUUGUUUUGUGAUAAAUAGUGAAGAAAAACUACUUAAAAUGAACUCAUUUUUGAAUUUUUAUGUAAAGACAUUAAAUGGAAACACUUAUUUAUUGCUUGUUAGUUGUUGUUUAUUGUUUGUACAUAUCUACUUGUCAGAUAAUUGAGAAGAACGAUUCUUAUCUGAACUGUUGAAAUUUCAUAGAACUGCAAUUAGACUAUUAAAUAUUUUAUAUUAUUUGUUAUUAUAUUAAUUUUAUAAACUGUGUUAUCUGAACAAAGCAUUUUUAUUUAGCAUUAAUAAUAUUAUGAUAUAUUCCUCUUCUAAAACCAUCCUGACACUUCAUAAAAUAAUUAUUAGAAAAAUUAUGGAGCUCAAUAUUUCUUCCUAAAUAAAACUUAUUUAUAAAUAAGAUUUAAAAUAAUGUAGGAUUUUAUUUCAAAAAUAACUAUGAUACCUAGAUUUAUUACUUAUCUUCUGAUUCAGGAGUUUCCAAACCUUUUUGCCUAAGGAUCAAAUCAACUGUCUCCAAUACUAAAUCCCAGAGACCAACACCUCUAGAUUCACAUUUUUUUUUUUUUUUUUUUUUUGUCCACCUCUACCUUGCGUUUUAGUGGGGGCAAAUAUAAGUUAUAAUAAUUUAAUUACGUUUGGUAACAAUCCACCAGAGAAAGCCAUGUCGCCCAAUAUAUUGAUUUAUGAAUAAAGAUCAUUUAUGAAUGAAAGUCUCAAGACUGACAAAAAUUGCUUCAAUAAUGAUUAACCCAGCAUGUAUCAAUCAAACUGACACCAUUUUAGUUCAGUUGAUAAUGAGGUAACAGUGUGGACCUGGUGCAUUGUCCUUUGAUAAUAAUGUGUUUCAUUAAAAUAGCUUAUUUGACCAUUAUUCUUUAUAGCAUAGGACAUAAGAGAAAAGUGGAAAUAUAAUAAGCACUUUCUAAUGCCUGAAAAUCAGUUUUGACAAAACUUAAAAAAAUAUAAGUCAACUACUUACAAAAACUAAAGCAAACUAGUCCUAUUUAUUAUAUCACCUGUUGUCUAUAGGUUGUAGGAUACCUUGGUUAUGAAUUGUAUGACUAUUAGUUAUUAAACAGUUAUUUUCCAUUGCAAAGUUUGCUAAAAUGGAAUUAAGAGAUUUACAUUGUCAGUCAUAGACAGGUCAAAAAUUGUCAUACUAAUUGUAAGUAGAUACUGUUCGAAUAUCAAAAAGGGAAAAAUCAUCAAAUUAUUCACUAAUAUAAUUUAAUUUUACGACAGAUACCUGAUUAUUUAAAUAUAUCAGAUCUAGAGUUAUUGGAGAACCCUGAGAAAAUACAGUGAAUAUAUUUAAGGUUAUAAAUAUAUCCAUGAAAUAUUUUUAUAUUUCACUUCUUUCAUACAAGUACAAUGAAAUAGUGUCUUAAACAGUGUCAUUGCCUUGAAUCUGUGGAUUUUAAAUACUUUUUCAAACUAAAAAAAAAAUGUUAGAACUUUACGUUUUAGUAAGAAAAUUUCAUUUAAUUUCCUUGAAAACACGUGAUUUACGUUAAAUAAUGUUAGUUUUUAGAAAUUAUUAUUUAUACUUUUUUCGUCACUCUCCGUUAUCUUCUACAAUUUUCUAUAUUAGAUAUUGUUUUUCCUGAAAUUCUCCGCUUUCCAACGAUAUAUUAUAUGUAUACCUUCUGACUAUUAUUUUUGCAGAUUCAUUUUUG